GAUAACGUCAAACAAAAUUUGAAAAUGGGGAAUGUUUCUCUCAAGCUUUCACUUUUGAUUUUCAUUCUGGUCAUCACAUCUAAUUUUGGAGCAGAAUCAAGAGUGCUAAGUGGAACUGAUGAGAAAAUCGAAGUAAACACCGGUCCACCUUGCAAGAGGGACAUUGACUGUACGUUUAGAUGUCCCAAUGAUGGAGUCUGCAAUGUUUACUACAGCACAUGUGAAUGUAAAUGAUGGAGUCUGCAAUGUUUACUACAGCACAUGUGAAUGUAUCUGACUAUAAAAUCGCAUCCUAAUCUAUUUUUAUCAAUAAACAUGUUCACCAAUUCUUCAGACUUUAUACUACUCGUUUGUAUUUUCAAAAUCUAAGAAAAGUAAAAAAUUAUAU